AUGUCAUCAACGUUUAGAUCCAGGAAGACUUCUUCCCCAACUCGUCCACUACAAGGUUACAAUAACGGCUCCAAUGAGGCCAUUCGCAGGAAGACUGAACAAGACCUGUCAAGAAAGAAUUCCUCCACUCGCAGGACCUCACAAAGGCAGCCACAGAAAACCACGAACGGAACCGUCACCUCCUUAAGACCUUCCCCAGCUCUUACCGUUAGAGAAAAUACUUUGGUCGUUGAAGCAUCACAACUUAUGGCAGCAAAGCGUGCAGACUGCGUGCUCGUAAUAGAUGAGGAUGAACAUUUGUCUGGUAUUUUCACGGCAAAAGAUUUGGCUUUCAGGGUUGUGGGCGAAGGUCUAGACGCAAGAAAGACAACUGUCGCAACGAUCAUGACAAGGAAUCCAAUGUGUGUAAAGAGCGAUACGUCUGCAACUGACGCUCUCAACACGAUGGUCGCUCGUAGCUUUAGGCAUCUUCCCGUAUGCAACGAGGAAGGUGAUGUCGUUGGUUUAUUGGAUAUAACAAAAUGCUUGUAUGAGGCAUUGGACAAGAUGGAACGCGCAUACGGAUCAUCAAAAAAACUCUAUGAUGCUCUUGAGGGAGUAGAAAGGGAAUGGUCGAAUCAACCAACACCGAUUCAACAAUAUUUGAAUGUGCUGCGUGAAAAAAUGGCGUGCCCAGAUCUAACCACCGUUUUAGACGGUUCGAUGCCAGCUGAGAUCGGAGUCAAGACGAGCGUGAGGGAUGCUGCACGUCUAAUGAGAGAAUAUCACACCACCGCAGUCUUGGUUAUGGAGCAUAACGCGAUCGCUGGUAUAUUCACAAGCAAGGACAUUGUAUUGAGAGUCAUCGCUGCCGGUUUGGAACCUUCAACAUGCAGCGUUUCUAAGGUUAUGACGCCCCACCCUGAUACUGCUCCCCCACAUACAAGUAUAUUAGAUGCAUUAAAAAAGAUGUAUGAUGGUCACUACCUUAAUCUACCAGUGGUUGAUGAAGGUAGCAUCGUGGGGAUGGUCGACGUUCUGAAAUUGACGUAUGCCACCAUGGAACAGGUAUACACCAUGCAACAUCAGGAAAAUGGUAAUGAAGCUGGUGGCCCCAUGUGGAAUAGAUUCUGGAAUUCCUUUGCUAAUGACGGUGACAACGAGUCCGUUCAUUCCGAUUCGAUAGCGCCGUCACAAAGUGCUUCAAAUAUUCCACCCUCACCACAUUCACGUAUGCAUCACUCUGGAAUCAUCUCGCCGGUCCCUGAAAUUCAUCCCAGUGAGUCUGCUUCGGUUAUGGACGAUGGUUCAAUGGCUUCCUAUCCCAGGGGACACGAGGAGAACCAUUUCACUUUCAAAUUCAAGGCACCGGAUGGAAAAUCACAUCGCUUCACCGUCAAUUACACGACAUUUGAAAAUAUACGCGUUACCGUGGCAUCAAAACUUCCUUCCACUGUUAAAGAUUUCGCGAUCUCGUAUGUAGAUGAAGAUGAAGACUAUGUGGCAAUGUCGACUGACGAUGAUGUCAUUGAUGCUGUAACAAUGGCCCAGCGCCAGGGUGCGACGCGUGUGAUUUUACACAUUCAGGAAAUUCAUGAAAAGAAAUCAUCAAAAGCACGGCAAAACAGGAACGAUGACGAUGAUGAGGAUGAGAUACAUAGUAGAAGGAAAAGCACCAGGAGGCGCGGUAGAAAUGACGAUUACCACCUUCCGAUUCCACAAGAUUUGAUACUACCUGGCGCCCUUCUUACGCUUGCGAUUGCGAUUAUAGGCGUGUUUGCAAUAUCAAGAUCGUCACGAUAA